AUGCUAGUUUGUCUGCCCUGUCUCUAUUGGCAUCAGCUUCUCCGACAGCCUUUCCAGCGCAUUACAGAGUUCAUCUGCCGUGAUAUUCAGCACCUACGCUACCCAUCCAGUCUCGCACGCUACCUCAACGUAAUCCUCGUCUUCUUGUAUUCUGCUCUCAUGCACGCUUGCAUUGAUGCCAAAGGGGGUGUCGGAUUCCACCUCACCGGCGCAUGGGCCUGCUUCCUCCUCCAACCCGUUGGUAUCAUCGUGGAGGACAUUGAGGAGACGCUCUACACAAAGCUUUUUGGAAAGCUACAUGAACCAGCAUCGCUAUGGAUUCGGGUGUUGGGUGACAUCUGGGUCUGGUGUUUUCUAGCUUUGGUUGCUCCGCUGUACAACUUCCCGUUGAUGCGGUAUCAGGAUCCGACGAGAAAUGGCGCUCCAUUUUCGGUCGCCAAGCUACUCCGUUCGCAUUUCGAGGCCUAG